UGCCGCCAGGCGCGGCCCCGCGCCGGCGUCGCCCGAGAGCCACUGGGGCGCACGCGGCGGAGCCGCCGGCGCACAGCCAGUGGGGCGCGCUGAUGGAGGCAGGGGUGGUGGCCGAGGGCCUGCAGCUGCGGGUCAUGCGCCUCCUGGACGUGCCCCGGGAGUUCGACCAGUCGGCGGGCGGCCAGGCGCUGCCCUACGUCCUCAGGGUUCUCGAGGGCGAGGACGGGUACAGGGAGCUGGCCGUGUCGCGCGAGAUCCCCAGCGGGCCGCACCUGGACCAGGACAGGGAGACGCUGACGCUGGAGGCAGAGGGCGCGCUGCGGCUGAGCAGCACGUCCGUGGUGCUGCAGCUGCAGGUGGAGCGCCUCGGCGGCCAGGUGGUCGGACGCUGCCAGAUCAGCCGGCUGGACCCGCGGUCGGCCAGGCCGAACUGCUACAGCCUCAGCACGGUGCCCGGCGGCCACCCAGCCAGCUGCGGCGUCGAGGUGGUGGUCGUGGAGGGCUACGCGGGCGCGCCGCAGGACGCCCCCCGCGACGCCGAUCCUUGGUCGCAGGGGCCGCCGAUCCCAGCGCCCCUCACGGUGGCGCCGGGCGCGGCCUUCGAGCUGGCGCCGCCGCCGCUGCUGGCGGCCCCGCCCGGGCCACAGCCGCAGGCGCAUCCCGCCCCGCAGGCGCCGCAGGCGCUGGGCCCCGCGACGCUGCAGGUGCUGCGCCUGCUGGACGUGCCGUCGAGGCCCGGGCUCGGCUACGUGCUGCGCCUGCGCGACGCGGGCGGCGAGCUGUGCAGCGCGCCGCCGGUGCCCGGCUCCGGCCCCGCGGGCGGCACGGAGAGCGUGGACGUGCGCGCCGUCGGCGCCCUGCGUGCGGACACGGCCGAGGCGAUGCUGCACGUCGACGUCGAGUUCUCGGACGGCGCCCUGCUCGGCACCUGCCCCAUCUACCGGCUCGACCCGCGGUCGGGCGCGCCGUCGGCCUACGCGCUGCUGGACGCGCGCGGGGGGCCCGCCAACUGCGGCAUCGAGCUCGUGGUCCAGGAGGGGCAGCGCUCGGCUGCCCCCGGCGGCUGCGGGUGCGCCGCCGCCGGCCCCGCCGCCGCCGCCGCUGGGAAUGGCGCCAGCGUGAGCACCCUCCAGCUUCGCAUACUGGCGGGGCAUGACCUGCUGAACAAGGACAGCGGACUCUUUGGCGACGUCUCCGACCCCUACGUCGUAGCCAGGGUCGGGCACGCCGAGCGCCGGACGCCCACCAUCGACGAUAACCUCAACCCGGUAUGGAGGACGGGGAACGAGUUCGCCCUCGACGUGGGGCCUCACGACGCGGAGCUGCGCCUCGAGGUCUUCAACGAGAACGUCAGGCUCCGUGGCGACGACAGCCUGGGCAGGGCUGUGGUCCCGCUCGGGGGCCUGCCGCCGCAGCAGUGGGUCCGGCGCCGCGAGCGCCUCGAGGGCGUGCGCACUGGCGAGAUCGAGUUUGAGGCCAGGCUGAUGCCGCCGCAGCCGCCCGCCCUGCCGCAGCCGCCCGCCCUGCCGCAGCCGCCAGCCCCGCCGCAGCCCUCUGCGCGGCAGCACCCCUCGGGGCAGGCGGUCGCCGGCGCGCUGGCGGCGGGCCCCUGCGGGGCUGCGGCGGGCCUCGCCCUGCCCCCGCUGCUGCCCCCGCCCGCGCGGGGCGGCCUCCUCGGCGGCCCGGCUCCGCCGUGCCUGCCGCCGCCGGGCCCCCCGCUCGGGCCACCCGGCGCGGCGUGGCCUGCGCCGCUGCAGGUGGCCGCGCCGCCGCCUCUCCUCGGCCCGACCGCGAGCCCCCUCGCGGCGCCCCCGCCCAGUGGCGGCGCCAACUUCGCGUGCGCCGGCGCAGGGCCGCCGGGGUAUGACCACAGCCACCUGCACUUCCCGGAUUUCUCAGCCUACGAGCCAGAGGACUACGAGGGCACGGAGCCGUGGCUGAAGCCGCCAGCCUCCUCCGCGGAGCUGGACGAGCUGUUCGGGUCCGACCGCGACAUGGACCUCCUGGCGCUCACGGCCGAGCCCUGGCGUGCGCCAGUGGUGGCGAACCACGACCCGGUGUUCCAGGAGAACGUCUUCCCUGACAUGGACAUGAAGCUGAUCAGGGUGCGAGAGGGCGAGGAGCGGGUCGCGCGGCCCGUGGACAAGGAGGCCACGGCGCUGCGCAGCAAGACGGGCCUCCCCGAGCUGCCGACGAACCAGUGGGUCCCGAAGCCGCCGCCGCGGCCGCAGGCGGCGCUGAAGGGCGCGCCGCGCGCUGGCGCGGGCCCGGCGCCAGGCAGGCUGCCCCUCAAGGCGCUCACGAGCAGCGGCGAGGUGCCCGCGGCGCGACCAGCCAGGCCCGCCGCCGGCGCCCGGGUGCCGGGCGACCACCGUCGCGACAAGCUGAAGGCGGAGCGCGAGAUGGUGCUGCCCGAGGAGGCCGAGGAGAUCGACAGCCUCUGGCGGGACGCCGCCCUGCGCGACCUGGACCCCGAGCUGGUGCCAGCGGGCGUGGAGGCGCAGGCGGUCGCGGCCUUGGAGGCCGGCUCGCACGCGGGGGGCGAGAGGGGCGUCUGGCUGCGGACGUCCUCGGAGGAAGCUGCGCUGGAGCGAGGAGGCGAGGCGCAGCGGUGGCUGGAGCGGUUCGAGGCCGGCGAGUUGCGCGUCGGCGUCUCGUGCCGCAGGGGGCUGCGGGGCCCGCAUGACCCGCUGCCCGCCCAGGACGGCUUCAGCCUCACUCGCCUCCGGGGUGGUCCCACGCUCUACGUCGUCGCCGACGGGCACGGACCCUUCGGGCACCUGGCCGCAUUCCGCAUCGCGCAGAGCCUGCCGAAGUUCGUGGCCGACGCCCUGCUCGACAGCGGCUCCCUCCGAGCAGACUCGCAGCGCGCGCCGUGCGGGCUGUCGGCAGCGGCGAAGCAGCAGGUGGAGCACGCGCUGCUGCACGCCUUCCAGCAGGCGCAGGGAGAGCUGCUGACGUGGGCGAGCUCCAGGGACGUGGACCUGGCCUGCUCGGGCGCCGCCUGCGUCGCGGCCCUCUGCGUCGGCGCCGAUGUCCAGGUGGCCUGGCUCGGGGACGCACGGGCGAUGGUGGCGACUGUCACCGAGGACUGUCAGAGCGUCGACCUCCUGACCCACGCCCACAGCACCGGCGACCCGCAGGAGCAGCAGCGCGUGCGCCAGCGCGGAGCCGUGCUGCGGCCCGUGCCGGCCGCCACGGGGGCGCUGCGCAUCUUCGCGCCAGGGGCCCGCGUGCCGGGCCUCCUCGCCACGCGCGCGCUGGGGGACUUCGGGGCCCGGGCGCUCGGCGUGGCCUGCCAGCCCGACAUCCGCAAGAUGUCCUUCGCGAGGACGCCUGGGCUGGUGCUCCUGGGCUCUGGCGGGCUUUGGGACGCCGCCGGCGCCGGCGACGGCAGCGCCGCCCUGGGCUCGCUGCUGGGUGCCGGCGGCCUCGGCCGCCAGGGCCCGCUGCGAGCCGUGAGGCACCUCGCCGCCGAGGCGCAGGAGCAGUGGCGGCAGGCGGCCGACGGCCAGUGCGACGACGUCACCGGCCUGCUGCUGCACUGGCCGCGCUCGUCGCCGGCGGCCGCCCCCGUGGCGGCAGGCGGCCGCGGCGGGGAGCCGCCGCCGCCGGAGCCGCCGCGGGCCUUCGCCUCGACGGCGGAGUACCUGGCCUGGAGGGCUCGGCAGCCGGACCCGCCCGCUGGGCAGCCGCUGCAGGGGCAGCCGCUGGUGCAGCCGCAGGUGGCCCCAGCCGCCGCGCGCCAGCGGCCGCGGCCGCCGCCGCCCGCGCGGCGGCUGAAGCCGACGGCGAAGGGCCCCGCGGCGCCCGCACUGGGCGAGGCGGAGGAGCUCGGGCAGCUGCACGCGGACGCCCCGCUGGGGGAACCCUCGGCCACGCUGCUGCCCGCGUCGCUCUGCGCGCAGGUGUUGGGGCGCGUCGCGCAGAUGGAACCCGCGGGCGCGGAGGAGGGCGCCUGGUUCCGCGCCCCGCUCAUCGCGGACCCCGUCCCGCUCGACCAGGCCUCUCUGGAGGCGAGGCUGUCUGAGCUCCAGGGCGGCAGCGCCGCGUUGCUGGGCGUGCGGCGCCGGCGCGUUGGCGCAGCGCCGGGCCAGGACAACUUCAGCGUCACGUGCGCAUCCGACGACCGCACGGUGUACGCGGUGUGCGACGGGCACGGCCCCCUGGGGCACCUGGCCUCGUUCCGCGUCGCCCAGAGCCUGCCGAAGUUUAUCCUCGACGGGCUCGACAGCGAGUUGCAGCGGCCACAGGAGCAGCGACGGCUGGCCGAGGCCGUGGUCGCCAGGGCCUUCGAUGCCGCGAGCGCGGACCUCGCCGAGUUCGCCGCGCUGCGCGGCCUCGACCUCUUCUGCUCCGGCGCCAGCGCGGCCGUCGCGCUGCGACAGGGCGACCAGGCGUUCGUGCAAACACACACGGUGAAGUACGACGUCUACGACAACAUGGAACAGAUCUGCUUCAAAGCCCGUGAGAUCGACGACGCGGUGAAGCAAUACAUGAAGCGUUGCCAGCUCAAGUGGCCCAAGUUCUACGAGUGAUCUGGCGACUAUGUCGAGAACUCCUACACACUCGACCGUCGCCGAGGGCAAAGACAUGGCACCGCUUAGCCGAAACUGCUUGGUUCUGCACCAACGGUACAUCCACAUGGCCGCAAAGAAUUGCCCGCAGCAGGUGAGGGUGAGGUUUGACUACGAGCCAACGGGCGACAUUCUGCAUGCCGAGGUACCUACUCCCGUU